AUGUGGCUUUUUCAGGGGUUCGAGGCCAUCAAGGGUGAAAGCAAAGACAAUAAACCAGUCAAUUUCUGGCACCUCACAGAUGAAGCGUAUGAACAUGGUAUCCAAUCAACAACCCAUUAUCGCAAGGCGAACCAUCGUAAGGGGAACCAUCGCAAGGGGAGUAGCUCAGACAUCACAACCCGCGAGCGUCGCCGCUCUGGUUCCAAGGGUGGGAAAGCAACGAAAAAUGCGGCCAGGAUGCGCAACAGCCCGCAUUACGAGCAUCCGACGUCACAUACACCCCGCUCGCUGGGUCAGCCUCAUCGGCAACUACUACGCCCCCCCUAUUCGCGCUCCACAAGGCAGUGCUAG